GACAUUAUCUUUAUGUAAUUAACUAGGAAAGGCAUAUCCUGCUAAUUAAAAUUAUGCUUCUUUCUUUUUUAUCACUCUUUCAUUAUUUUGUUUGCUAAUAAGAUUGUUUGUCUAAAACAAAGAAAAAGUUCUUUAUUUUAUUUGCAUUAAUUAAUUAAUAUGUUUUAUAAUUCACUUCGCUUGAUAUUUAAACAAAAGCCUUUGCGCAGCUUACAUUUAUAUAGAAAAAAUCUAUGUAAUUUUUCUACUGCAUAGCAAAGUAGUUUGUAUGAAAAUGAAUUGAGCGUAUUCCCUGAAUAUUAGGAAGCAAAUGCUUUUGUAUCAUAAAAGCAACAUUCUUAGGCAAAUGAAAAAUUUAAAAGAGUGAUAGAAAUUCUUGAAUCUUCCCAUCAAACUGCUAAUCCUAUUUAUUCUCAUAUAAUCUAUCAGGCUUCCAAAAAUAUAUUAAAUACCUAAGAUUUUAAAUCAAUAUCUGCAUACAUGAAAAAAGGUUAUGAUUUGGAGUAAAAUAAAAGCUCUGAAUUAGCACAAAGAUAUUUAUAGAAUUUUAUAUAAUCUACAGUUUACUUUGAUCUUGAUGUUGCAUACAAAAUGCUUGAUGGAAUGAAAUAGUCUAGGGAGUAUAGCUUUUUAAAAGGAAGCUUGUAAAUCUUAAAAGGAGACAGUGAAGAUGCAAUCAGUAAUUUGAAAUAGUUUAUAGAAGCGAACGAAUCUAAUUAAGACUCUUAAAAAACACUCUUAUGGAGAGCUUACAACAAUUUGGGAGUUGCUAAUUGGUAAAAUCAGUACCCAAGAUUCAAUCAUUUCAACGUUAUGGAUGAUGUAGUAAAGAAAAAUGAACCAAAUGUGGAAACUGCUUUAUACUUUAAAAAGGCCUUGCUUUUGAAUAACCAAAAUAUGAAGGGUGAUAAAGUUUAUGAUUAGAUAGAACGUACAUAAGAUAUAAUUCCUAAAGAGUAAAUAGCAAGAAUAGAUUUUUAUUUUGAUGAGUCUGGAAGUGAUAUUCCUUUAAGAGCUUUGAGUGACUAUCUACUUGAUGGACACCAUUCUAAAAGACACGAACAUACUCUUUGGACUAAAUUCUACCUAAAGCACCAUGAAAUGAAUCAUAGAGACACUCUUUACCGUCCCUUGGUUAGUAUAGCUCAUCACUGCUAAGUUUCUGAAAUGCUCAUCAAAUCAGAAGGUCUCUUUAACACAGCCUUAACAAUGCUUGAUAAUAACAAAACCAUUGAAAAAGCAUUGUGUGAAUAUUAUUACGCCUAAAUGAUUGGAAAAAUAGAAAAGAGAGAAUAAGAAUCAGAAGAAUUAAAGAAAGAAGCAAGGGAGAAAUACAAGUAGUUCCCUCAGUGGCAUCAUUGGAUGCUUUAUGUAUCACUGCCGAGUCUUCAAUUAUGAUAUAUUUAAAAAGAUACUCAAAUAUCUUGACAAAUUUUGUCUAAUACAUGUUUUUAAAACCAAAAAAAAAAUAAUAUUGUAAUUCUUUUGUUUGUAUUAAAUGAUGUUACUAAUAUAAAUGUUUAAUAAUAUUUAUUCUUUGAAUUCCAAUUUCCUA